AUGCAGCCACGGCGGCAGCCGCUGUGGGGCCGUGGGGCCCCACAAGCGCUCAUAAAUUUGGGCUCUAGGCCUUUCUACAGGUUUAAUUUUCUUUUAAUUAGAAGCUGCAGCAGCGGAAGACGCAGCAGCAGCAGCUUCGGCAACAAGAUCUUUGCAGCAGCAGCAGCAGGAGCACCAAGGGCCCCGGCAGCAGCCGCGACCUUCCUUGGGCCUUCUUAUCCUCGUGCUGCUGCUAGUCGUCAGGGGCAGCAGCAGCAGCAGCAACAGCAAGCAGCUUCAGUGCAGCAGGAGCAGCAGCAGGAGCAGCUGCUGCUGCAGCUGCAGCGACUGCAGCAACUGCAGCAGGUCCCCAGCUUCAGCAGCAUGGAAGGAUACACGGGGGGUGACUUCCCCCGAGCUGCUCCAGCGCGCAAGCAGCAGCAGCAGCAGCAGCGCGGGGAGUCGAAGCAGCGGGGAGGCAGCACGAAGGGCAGCAGCAGCAGCAGCAGCAGCAGCAAGAGCAGCAGCAGCAAGACCAGCAGCAGCAGCAAGGGGCCCAGGUCAAACGAAUUCCAGCUGUCCUUUCCAUUCCUGCAGUCAGCUUCUGGCGCAGCAGCAGACCAGCAGCAGCAGCAGCAGCCGGACGAAGCAGCCUAUGAUGCAGCAGCAAACAAUGAGGACUCAGCAGCAGCAGCAGCAGCAGCAGCUUUUAAAGCCCCCCUGAAAAAGGGCGCGCUGCUGCUGGGAAUUGUUGCUGAAGUCCACACGACGCAGCUGCUGCUGCAGCUGCCUUACGGGUUAGUGGGCUACGUGCACAGCAGCCACACUUUGGAGACGCAGCAGCAGCAGCAGCAGCAACAGCGGAAGGCGAAGGGCCAGCAGCAGAAGCAGCAGGGGCAGGCCGAGACGGCCUAUGAGCAGCAGCUGCUGCAGCGCUUCUUCGUGGGGCAGCUGCUGCCCUGCGUGGUCAUUGGCACGCCGGACAGCAGCAGCAGCAGCAGCACGGGCAGCAGCAGCAGCAGCAGCAGCAGCAGCAGCGGGGCCUACGAGCUGUCGCUGCGGCCGUCGCUGUGCAACGCGGGGCUCGCGCUGCAGCUGCUGCAUCAGGGAAUGCUGCUUCCAGCAAGUGUUGCUUCGAUUGAAGAGCACGGUUUGCUGCUGAGCUUCGGGCUGCAGCAACAAGGCAGCAGCAGCAGCAGCACCCGCGCCUUCCUUCCGCAGCAGCAGCAGCUGCUGCUGCUGCAGCAGCACAACCUGCUGCUGCUGCCGGGGGCGGUCUUCCCUGUGCUGCUUCAGGAGGUAAAUACUGCAUCCAACACCAUCAUAUGCACAGCAGCAGUAGAGCCGCUAGCAGCAGCAGCAGCAGGGGCAACAGCAGCAGCAGCAGCUUCUAGAACGCCGCUGCUGUCGCCCUUGGGGCUGCAGCAGCAGCUCUCGUGGGACAGCCUGAGGCCUGGGCUGCUGCUGGAGUGUCGCGUGCUGCGGCCUCUGCUGCGCGCAGCAGCAGCAGCAGCAGCAAAGAAGAAGAAGAGCAGCAGCAGCAGCAGCAGCAGCAAAAAGGAAACAGCAGCAGCAGAACUAUCCCACAUGCAGGGCCUAGAGCUGAAGUGCCUCAGCAGCGUCACUGCGGUGGUGCUGCACCCGCACGUAGCUCACCCCGCGCUGCUGCAGCAGCAGCAGCAGCAGCAGCAGUUGUUGCUCGCCGCCAGCAGCAAGAAGGGCAAGCAGAAAGGAGGCCAGCAGCAGCAGGAGGAAGCCAGAAGCAGCGCCUGCAGCAACAGCAACAGCAGCAGCAGCAGCAGCGGCAGCGGCGCAGCAACGGAGCAGCAGCUGCAGCAGCAGUUCGACGCGUGGCUGCUGCAGCUGCUGAGCCUGCAGCAGCACAAAGUGUAUGGACGCGUUGUUGCUGUGCUGCCGCAGCAGCGAACUCUCUUUGUGUCUUUGCUGCCCCACAUUGUGGGGUGGCAGCAGCAGCAGCUGCUGCAGCUGCUGCCGCCCCACUUGCUGCUGCCCGGCACCAAAGUCAAGGCGCCCCUCGCAGUCCUCAAAAACAGCAGCAGCAGCAGCAGCAGCAGCGAAGCAGCAAACUGUGAGGGGCACCGGGCGCUGCUGCCUCUGCACAAGCUGCAGCAGCAGCUGCUGCUGCAGAAUGCCAGCAGUGACGGCGACGAGGCUGCUGCUGAAGCCACGGACAGCAGCAGCAGCAGCAGCAGCAGCAGCAGCGCAGCGCAGUUUGCGGUGGUGCGCAUCCCGCCGGCGUUGGACGUGGCCGCCGGCAGCAGCAGCAGCAGCAGCAAGCGGAAGCGGGAGCAGCAGCAGCAGCAGCGGCAGCACAUAAGCCGCUGCCGGCUGCUGUUUGUCCACUGGCUAGAUUUAGAAGUUGUUGCUGCUGCUGCUGCUGCGCUGCUGUCCGAAGGCCUAGUCUCCCCAGUGGAGGCGCAGCCAGGAGCAGCAAUUGUGGGCACUGUUAUAAAGGCAGUGAGGAGCAGCAGCAGCAGCAGCAGCAGGCAGCGGCAGCAGCAGCAGCAGCGACAGACCGUCGAGCAGCAGCCUGCGGGAGUCGUUGUGCGGUGA